AUGCCGGAGUCCCAGAAUGUGAAGCUGGACGCUCUGUCAUGGCAGUUUUCGACGCACAAGGAGAAACAGGAUCCUGAGCCCGUCCUUCCAGCAAUUUGCAGUAUUGGAGCAAUCACAUGGGAGAUCGAGUUGGCCGUUCGGGAGGUUAAGAGCCGAACUGGAUCCUGGAGGAGGGCUCGCAGGGCGAUCUUUGUUCCCUCCACCGUUCACUCCCGGGUGCUGAACUGGACUCAUACUGGCCACUUCACAUGCCAUUUAGAAGUAAACAGAAUGAUUACCUUCCUCCAGCGCUAUUUCUGGUGGCCCACCUUGUCACCAGAUGCUCGGGAAUAUGUCUCCACCUGCUCUACAUGUGCCCGAGACAAGUUGGGGAAUCAACCUCCGGCUGGCUUGCUACAACCACUAAUUCGUCCGUGGUUUCAUAUCACGGUGGACUUCGCCAUCGGCCUACCCCCAUCAGCAGCACUUCCUAAGCCCACGUCAGUCCUGGAGACAGCCCAGCAGCUCACUAACCACGUGUUCCCCCUCCAUGGCAUCCCGGAGGAUAUAAGCCACGGACAAACGGAGCACACCAGUCAGGAGCUGGAGACCAUGCUUCGCUGCAUCGUCGCCUCCAACCAAACCAUCUGGAGCGAGCAAUUGCCCGGGGUGGAGUAUACCCACAACAGCUUGAAGUCUUUGGCUACAGGGCAUACUCCGUUUGAGGUCUCCCUAGGGUAUCAGCCCCCCCUGUUCUUGGCCCUGGAAGAUGAGUACUUUGUUCCUUUGGUCCAGUUUCACCUCUGCAGGUGUCGCCGGCUUUGGAGGGCCACUCGGGCGGCACUGUUACGCACCAAAGAACGCAACAAACAUGCCAACCAGCAUAAAACUCCCGCUCCAGAAUACACCAUCGGUCAGAAGACCCCUGAUUUUUGUGAUAGCACAAACAUGGACACAAAUGAUUCAUCACUCAGCUCAACAUCCAUCCCGACCCAGCUGCCUCUCAAUACCACAGCAUUCAUAAACAGCACGGUAAAAUCCUUCAGUGCAGUUGAUGGGUGCGAAGACCUGAUAGAGGCCAUUCUCUUUGACCUGGCCAUGCAGUGCAUCAACAUAAUUGUGGGUAUCCCAGCCAACUUACUCGUCAUUGCUAUUCUCAUCCACAAUCGCAAAGAGCCCUCCACUUCAGACAUAUUCUUGGGCUGCUUGGCCUUCAUGGAUGCCUACUUUGGUGCAAUGACGAUUGUGAGCUUUCUUAAUGUCUACCUCUGGCAGCUCAAAGAGGUUUGGUCAGCCAUUAAAUUCUCCUUUGGGGUGAAAGACACCAGCGGCCCGUUGUUCCUCUCCUGCAUCUGCUUGGAUCGCUUUGUAGCUGUACUCUUUCCAAUCGCAUUUGGGCAACUUAAACACUUCAAGUACAGGUUAGGCCUCUCAGUGCUGGUGCUCUGCCUCACCUUUGCCUACUCAGCAGCCAAGAUGGUGGGAGGGCUCCCCAACUUUGAAAAGUUGUUCACCGGUGAGGUACUGGCAGCAUUUACUUGGAUGGUGGUGUGUAACGCAAGCAUCCUGUGGGCACUGAAGAAGUCCACCGGAGCAGGGAAGGAUGCAAUGCACCCCAUGAAAAAGAAGGCCUUCAAGAUGGUGCUCUCUAUCCUGUGUAUCAUCGUGUUCAACUACCUGCCACUUGUUGCUCUGUUUCCAUUUGAGGACUACUACUCCCCUCAUGUGUUUCGCUGCUACGUUCAGCCCGCGGGUUUUGCCUUUCUGAACAUCAGCAGCACAAUCCAGCCCCUUGUCUACUUGUCUCGUCUAGAGAAGGUGCCUUUCCUCUCUGAUGCCAGCAUUAAAAAGAUUACUUCCUGUUUCAACCCAGAGAAGAACCAGAAUCCACAGGAGCAAAACCCACCUGCUUAG